CGACGUGGUAAUCUGUCACGCAAAGCAACCAGUAUGCUGAAAACUUGGCUCAACGAACAUGUUGAACACCCAUACCCAUCAGAAGAUGAGAAACUGGCCCUGUCGGAGCAGACGGAAUUGACCAUUGCACAAAUCAGCAACUGGUUCAUCAAUGCACGUCGACGG